AUGCGUAAUUCGUCAUUGGUUUCAUCAUUAGCUGAUCGAGAGGAAACAUGUAAGAGAUCACACUUUGAUAGUAGUCCUCAGUUAUUGAAAAUGAGUAGUGCAUUGCUCAAAAGGUUUUCUACCGCUGAUUUUAAACGUCAAUUUGGAACACGUAUGAUAAUCUUUCAGGAAUCAAAAGAUGUGUAUUCGAAAGAUUCAGAGAAUUCGGAUAGUGGUUUUGAUGUAUCGAGUGAUGAGAAUCCAUCAGUGCCUGGUUCACCGAGAACGCGGGGGAGUUCUGGAGCGACAGGAGAGAAUCGUGAUGAAAGUAGAUCAAUUAUAAGAUUGUGUGUGUCAGCUGCAUAUUUUAGUGCUUUAACGAAACGUACUGAAAUAGUGCUGUUGGGCAUACGUCCGAUUAUUGAAGAAAGUGAUAUGUUAGGUGCGAUUCGAUCGGCAAUUGCACAGGUAUUUAGCGCUUCGUUUAUUCCUUCUUAUAAGACUCUUUUAAAAAACAUAUACACAUGA